AUGUCGCUCUUUACCGCACAGCUUCAUCCCGGACGGGCCCUCGGGUUUUUCACCCUUGGCGCGUCCCUUCACGAUGUCCUGACCCGGGUCAAGGCAGAGCCGCAAGCGUUCCCGAAACUCGAAGUCCUCUACUCCCGAGACCAGCCCGUCACCGAACCAGUGUGCGUCGUUCUGCCGCAAAACGGCGUCAGGUUGCGGUUCGAUGGCCCUGAGCAGCGCCUCCGCUUGAUCGAAGUCAUCGACUUUACAAAGAGCCACAUCACCUUUAAGGAUCGGGAUCUGGUACGGCCGGCAGGCGCCGCUGCUCCCGAAGUGCCAGGAGAGUCUUCGGCGGGACCUACGUUUCGGCACAUUUACCACCGGCUGCUGGGACCAACCUACGCGGGCGAGUUCAUUCCUCCGACGGCGUCUCAGGGCAACGGGACGUAUGUCUUGUCGUAUCCCGGCGUGGCCUUUAACUUCUCCGUGCCCACCUCGGUGUACUCUGCCGAUAAAGACGUCGUUUCGCUGCUUUCUGCAUCGUCAUCCCAGAUUGCGACUUCCAUGGCUGUGUUUAGUGGUAAUUCUUGGGCAGAGGUGCGGCCAACGCUGUGGACGGAUGUGCUGCCUAGCGUCAAGGUGACUUCAACUAUACCUCGUGGAAAGGACGUUUACCCCGAUGAGGUAUCUUUGAUUCGACUGCAUGGUGGGGGAAAGAUACAGCUAUUUCGGAAAUGGACGGCAAACUCUUUCUGGAUCAUUCUUGGUGAGACCACGCCACAGGAUCUCGUGGCGGAACUUGGGCCGCCGAAUGCGAUAUAUCGCAAGAAUGAUCAGAAGAUGGUCAUUCACAAGAUGCGAGCCGCAAGUAAUGCACAUGGCCGCCCUAAUGUGAAGGAUUUGGGUCGGCCGGAUGAGUCAACGGAUACGGACCAGUCGUCGAUGCACACUGGUUCUGACGAAUCGGAUAACGAGGCUGCGGUCGAAGAUGAAGGAGGAGACAAUGCGUCCGGAGAGUGUUUCUACAACUAUUUCUAUUUUGGCUUUGACAUUCUCAUGUCUACGCCCGUACCUCCUUCCAGUCUGCCACCGGGAGAGACACAGGUACCGGACGAUAUUGGAAAUGGAAUUAAGGCUCAUGCUCCUGAUCGAUUGGUUGCGACGAAAUUAGUGCUUCAUGGCAACAUCCCCGGCUCUUACGAAUUCAACCGCCAUCGUCGGUGUCGCUGGGAGAUUAGCUACCUGGAUGAUUUGGCUAGUGAUAACGGACCGGUCAACUCUGAGAUGGAAUUCAAGACGAUAGAGAAUCUCAUGAGCAGGAAAUGGGAGGGCGUGUAUCCCACAGACAAGACCCAGCCGCGGCAAGGGGGUAUGGUCCUGAACCGCGGCUGGGGCGACAGCCCAGGCAGCAGUUGCGAGUUUCUCGGCGGGUGGGAGGAGAGCGGCGCGAGAAGACCAGAGGCGAAUGGCGAUUCUACGACGACGCUGUAUGGCUUCCCUGGCAUGGUUUUUGAAGUGUUGAGAAACGAUUAUGUCAAUGCUUUGACGGUGUUUUGA